AUGUCCUACUGGCGGGGCUUGGACCGCUUGGAAGAUCAUAUCAAGUUGUACGGCGACUUGUGUGGAGCAGUAUCUCGCCUAGCCGCUUGCCCCGAUCCGAUGUGCACCUUCCCGAACGUCACUUGCGCUGACGGCUUUGCCAAGAAACUUAACACGACGAGCAAAGGCUACACUUGUCAAGCUGUCAACGCCAACACAAAUGACGUGCCGAAUGCGAGCUUCACCUGCGAUAGGACCGAAACUAUCUCCUGCCCGCGAGUACCCGCUGCUGGAAUCUGGUCGGCCUGGACGAACGUCGCCGGCAGUACCUGCACCGCGACUUGUGGCAACAAGGGAACAGUGGCGCAGGUUCGAACCUGCUUGACUACGAAUAUCCAAAACUGCACCGGGAUUUCGACUCGAACGACGAAAUGUCCACCUCAGCCUUGCCCAACAGCACCGCAAUGCAUUCUGAAUAGCCCGGUUGUCCACUUCACCGUCAACGGACAACGAACGGAUCGUUGUGGAUACGAGAUACCAGACCAGGCGAAGCCGUGCUUCCCGGCCGGUUGUAAUGUUCCACCCAUCAGUAGCACGACGGUGCUACCAACGAAGACCAGUACCACGACCAAGCCAACCACUGCGACCAGCACACAACUCCCAUCCACCAUCAGUUAUGGGCCCCUUACAAACGGCGUCACCUGCGGGCCGGGCUUCCUCUUCGAGGUCGGUCAAUCAUUCAAUGUGACCUCGAUGAUCGACCCUGAUAGCUACUAUGGCGUCGAAGGGACUUACCAGAUCUUCUUUUACUUGGUUCUCACUUCUCCGAACCGGAUACCGGAUGGACAUGGCUUGUCAUCGUUCAUGCCACUACAACUAGUCACUGGCUGGGAUGGUAACUCGGCGGUAGAGUACACGAUAGGCGACGAAACACAAUCCGUGAACUUGGACGUGGUACCGGGGCCCCUUGUACUGGAGCUCACGCGCACAGCUGCUGAUACCGUAGUCAUCGCAGGAAGCUACGCAGGGUGGAAUGACACGUGGUCGAUGACAAUCCCUUCCGAUUUUGUGCUUAGGAACUUCCAGGAAAUGAGCACCCGACCACUUCUGUAUUCGAUUCCCAGCUAUUCAGAAGACUUCAACGAUUCGAGCUUUUGCACGGGCGAUGACUCAACCGACCUGGCAUACGACACGACCCCGAAC